CUACUAUUAAAAUAGUAUCCAUUAUCUACAGAUAGAUAUCUUUGAUCCGAUCCAAUUGACUCAAUGUUGAAUGGAUUCAACUUACUCAUCACAAUACAUGGAUUCAUUUAACGAGAAAAUGUCUUCUGCAAACUCAUUAACAAAUAACAAAGGUUGUUUAGAAGAAAAUUCACUUCAUCAUUAUGAUUUUUGGACAUUGAAUAAUAGUUUACAUUCACCAUGGCCAUCAAUUGAAGUGGACCAACUAGCGAAUUGGUUAAUUGAGAUGAAAUCAAUGAUUUUAAAAAAAUCACCUAUUUUCCAAAAGUCAGUAUGUACAUUAUCAUAUUCCUUUUCGUCCAACUCUUCAUCAUCAUCAUGUUGUUCUUCUUGUUCUUCUUGUUCUUGUUCUUCUUCUUGUUCUUCUUCUUCAUCAUCAUCUUCAGAAGUUUUUGGACCUAAUGAAGAACAGUUGAGUGGUAAAGGUAAUAAGAGAUCAAAAUGUUGUUUACAUCACCUUAGAUAUAAACAUAAACUUCAAAAUCAACAAAAAAUGAUCACUUUAUCAAAGUUGAAAAUGAAUCCUGAACAUUUCGUUAUUAUCGAUUGUCGUUAUCCACACGAAUAUAAUGCUGGACAUAUUUUUAGUGCUAUUAAUUUAUCAGAUUGGCCAAAACUUUAUAAAUAUUUUUUUGGUAUAAAACAACAAUCUAUUGAAACUACUGAAAUGGAUUUAAGUAACUCAUUAUAUUCAACGGAACAACUGAUUGAACCAAAACCAUCUCAUACUAUAUUUAUAUUAUAUUGUGAAUUUUCUACAAAACGUGCACCACAAUUAUUUUAUCUUUUACGUAAUCAUGACAGACUAUUACAUUUCAAUUCAUAUCCUGCAUUAAAAUAUCCAUUUGUUUAUAUAUUACAUGGUGGUUAUUCAACUUUUUAUAAAAAGUACCCAUAUUUAUGUGAACCAGAUCUUUUAAGUAUUUGGCAUAAACAUUGUAAACUGGUUAAUAGACAAACGAUGAAUCCUAAUUCACAAGUAUAUUCUGAUAAAAAUCAUAAUGAAAUGUUAAACACACACACGCGCAUCAAUCAAUCAACGAAUCGACACAUUAAAGUACCAUUCAAAAGUAUUACCAAUCUCUUUCACAAGAAGAAAAAAUAGAAGAAAAAGAUUUAUUUCAUUGAACCAAAACUUAUUAACUUACUUAUGUCCGUUACUCCUUAUGGAAGAGUAUAAGUCACCCAGCAACAUUCUCAAUGCAACCUUGUCUUGAUGAAUCUUUUCCAGUUCUUUUCAAUUGUUAUUCUUUUUUUUCAUGUCUGUUUCCAAGUUCCGACAUAGUGUAUUCUUCGACCGUCUUCUUCUUCUUGUUGUAUGUUUCCCUUCACGAUUCCAUGUUAUCGCUUGUCUCAUGAUGUAGUUCGAAUCCAGUUCAAUACUAUUUACUUGUUACUUAUUUAUUUCAUAAUUAUUUCCAUCUCAUUUCUUCUAUUCAUAAUGAUUAAUAUAAGCAAUAUCGAUUCAAUUCAUUUUGAUUGAAAAGGUUUCUCUCAAAC